AGUAAAUUCGGACCACGCCCCUUUGCUCUUCACGCAGUGACGUCGGCGCACAGCAAGACCUCCGCCAGUCCGUCCGCCGCAGCAGAUUCACCAUCAACCGCUCCACUGCCGUGAAUUUAGCACUGGAAGCGUCAAACACGACACAAACAGCGUCUUAUCACCUGAUAAAUAGUCCCGCUCCUCUUCAGAUAUGGAAGCGGCAUCCUCCUCCUCCAGUCAGUGCAGCACUUACAGUUAUGAAGAGUACAAGGAAACAGCAGACUGGCUGCUGGCCCACACAGAGCAGCGUCCUAAAUUAGCCAUCAUCUGUGGGUCGGGCCUGGGGGGUCUUGGGGAGCUGCUGGUUGACAGGACUGUGUUCAAAUAUAAAGAUAUUCCACGUUUUCCCACCAGCUCUGUGCCAGGCCAUGCUGGUCAGCUGGUGUUUGGGAAGCUGCAGGGCCGUGAGUGUGUCUGCAUGCAGGGGAGAUUCCAUUUCUACGAGGGCUACAACAUACACACGGUGACGUACCCAGUGCGAGUCUUCUCCCUGCUGGGCGUGGAAACUCUGAUUGUGACAAACGCAGCAGGGGGGCUCAAUGAUUGCUAUGAUGUGGGAGACAUCAUGCUCAUUAAGGAUCACAUCAACAUGCCGGGCUUUGCAGGGCAGAAUCCGCUCUGUGGGCCCAAUGAUGAUAGGUUUGGAGUGCGUUUCCCUUGCAUGUCGGAUGCCUAUGACCGCGAGCUGUGCGCUCUGGCCAAACAGACGGCAGGGGAGCAAGGCUGCGACAGCUUCCUGCAGGAAGGAGUUUACUGCAUGGUGGCUGGACCGACAUACGAGACUGUUGCAGAGUGCAGAGCCUUGCAGAUGCUGGGGGCUGAUGCUGUGGGUAUGAGCACAGUGCCAGAGGUGGUGGUGGCGCGUCACUGUGGCUUGCGCGUCUUGGGUCUGUCCCUCAUUACUAAUAAGGUGGUGACAAGAUAUGACAGCACAGACAAGGCUAACCAUGAGGAGGUGCUAAAGACCACCGAGCGCAGAACCCACGACCUCCAGAGGCUCGUCAGCCACCUCGUCACCAAGAUCUAGUACCUUCAUCCUCUAGUACCUUUAGGUCAUUGGCUCAUCUUAACUUUGAACAAAGGGUAACAGUUAGGUGCAGAUGGGGCUAGUAUGUGAGUGUACUUAUUUGGGUAUAGUUUUGGUUAACUGGGGGAGUGAAGGAGAGGGUUUUAAGAGCAGAGUAAAAAGAAGAAUGGCAAUUGUAGUAGCUUGAAAUGUGCACAGAAUUUGAUGAAUGUUGACACUAUUGUAUGUGUCUACUUUGCUAUCAGUGCAAUAUGUUCAAAGCCCUGGAUAUUGUCCCAUGAAUCACAUUCAUGGAGGCCUUAUAGAACAUAUUUCUGACAGCAGAUUUUAUUUUGAUCUGCUGAGCUGUCAUUUCUGAAAGCGCAACACUUGGCCAAUGUGCCGAUGAUUUAAAAGUUUUAACAGGAAGCAACGAUUGGCUUUACUAUGUUUCGGUUUUUGUCUGAGCACUACCUUACCCUCUGAGGAAGAUCAUAAUGAUAAGAGAAGGAUUAACAGCAAUCUAUAUAUAUGUACCAGAGAUAAGAUAUCGGUUGAACCAAUAUUUGAAAAUAGUUUGAGUUAAACCACGGGUGGAGAAAUCAAAGUUUCAAGUAGAGUUGCUCAACAAUAAGUGGAACAUGAAUCAUGAAAACGUAAUUUCCUGAGUGUUUCUAAAAGCUGUAGGGUGACAUAAUGACUUUUGUUGUGUGUUCCAAAUCCACUAUUGUGGCGGUUACUUAUGAUUGUAGUAUAGCAUUCCCUUAUUUAAAAUGACCAUGUUCUCAUAUAUCCCAGUUCAUGGAUCAAUAAAUGUAAUAGGAAUACUACAGUGGGCCCCACCGGUAUAUAUUUCUAUCCUGCAUCAUUGCUGCAGGGUUGUUUGGGUUUUCCCUUUACGGUACUACCUGUUAUGGUUAUACUGGCAGCAUAGACAAAGACUGAGACCUUUCUGAUAGCUUAUAUUUAAUUGCAAAACAUUAUGAUUAAUAUAAUAGGUAUUUCUGGUCAGUUUAUGCUGCUCACUACUAGCAAAGCAUGAAAAACCUUGAGAAAUACUGGGAUAAUUGUGACAGGGUUGGUAGCUUUUAUGAGCAUGUUCUUAAUUACGACUCAGCAAAAUUUCUUUUUAACGUUUUAUCUUAACUUUAGAUGAUUGUCUAUAAUUAGGCCAGUAGAAUGAUACCCUUUAUAUUUGUUAUAUGUACAAAUAGCUGUAUGACUUAUUUUACUUAAGCAAGAGCAAUGUAUGCAACUACGACCUCUCAAUGCAUCAUAUACUAGCUUAAGACACAGCGCUAUGCGUUUGCCUUGAAUUAUUGCUGCACAUAUGGACGAAACUUCUCCAGUCGGGUCUGAGAAGUUAAUCCACAUAAUAAAAAAUGUUAAUAAAUGAGAAUAUAGAAAAAAAAUAUUGCUAUCAAGUAUUAGAAAUGUGAUCAAUUGGCACCUUAUCCCUUUAUUUUGUGAUUGAUUGUUUUUAAAAUGUAUAAGAAGUUGUUAGUUUAGCAAUACAAGUGAAUAUAUAUACAUUGGGAACAAAUCAAAGUUGUUUAUUUUUUAAUUAUACAAAUUAUGUAUUUUAUAUAUUUAUAUAUACUGAAAAACACAUCCACAAAAUAAUCUGAUAGAAAUACAUAAACGUAAAAGGUAAUAUGGUCAAACAGCAGUGAUGUAUGAAGGCUUUCCUGGGGUGGAUUGCAUUUGGAUGUGUUUUAUUUGUACACCAAGAGAUCGCAGUACUGUAAUAUCAGGAGGGCCAUAAUACGCAGUUUUCAAUCUCCCCUGCGCUGAUCUGGAACCUGCUGCCAGGUCCCUUUGACCGUCUCAUUCAUUAGUGCUGCAAAGGCCAGAAAAAUCCUACAUCAGCAGUCUCCCUCUUAGACCAUUUGUUUUAGUCUUAACAUCAAGAUGCUAAUGGAAGAAGUCUUAAAGGGGGAUUUCCAUUUAGAGUGAAUUCGAAAUGUAAAGUCUGGAUCUGCUCCAUACACAAUAAAAUAGGGAAACUCGUAAGUCACAUACCGGUAAUUCAUUUUGAGAUGCACCAGCAUGCUCACUGUAUGGGCACGACUCCAAAUUGUGCAUUCUGUAUUCAUUAGACCAAAUAACCACUGUAUACUGUGUGUUCAGUUGAAUAUUAUUAUUCAGAUGAGAAUCUAAUAAAGGAUAAACCCAAUAUGUGUCUAUCAACAAAAACAAAAAAAGAUUUUCAUACCAAUUGUUGGUGCUUUCAAAUAAAAACUUUCAAAUGACA